UGAUGAAGUGUGUUAUAUUAGCAACUUCUUUAACUCAACGAAGAUAAAUUUCAGAUGAGCUUUUCACAGUAUUGAUAAACUAUUGUAGAUAAUCUGUGAAAUUAAUAAUGUCCAGUUCUGAUACAAGUACUUCUCCUGUUCGCAUUGUCUUCCCUAAUUUUCACCAACAACCACAUAAAAUUGAACAAGGGAUUGAAAACUUUCUUGAAACGUUCAAAAAUCAUGUUUCUACUCUCGACAGUCGCAUGAGCUUUGGAUCAGGAGAUUCUUCUGGAUUUACUAGUUCUGUGCCAUCCACUAAUUCGGAAUAUGCUGGAACUCUUGACAGUCCAGACAAAGAGGGAUUAUUUUAUCACAUUCCGGAUAAGACUGAGUGGAUUAAGCGACAAGGGAUUAUUGAUGAAAGUCGUAGAAUCAGUGAAUGGGCUUGGAGUAGAUUUCAACAUGAUGAUCAACCAGAUAUUUCCAGUGUUGGAAAACAAACUCAAACUUCGAACUCAGGUGAUGUCAUGGCCACAGAGCCAACAUGUCCAUACAGUGUAUUAGAUGUGGCUCAUCUUCUCCAAUCCAAAUUUGCAAUUCUAACAGGUGGUAAAGCUAAGAAUGGUGCACCUAUAUUAAUAUUUGCUGAUAGACCUAAUGAAGCUGAGGUGCCAGAUGAAGAAUAUAAAAAAGUCAUCACCUAUCUCAGCAGCAUUACUUUACGUACAGAUAAAGAAUCAGGAUUUGUUGUUGUCAUUGACAGACGUAAUGAUGGUUGGGGUGCUGUACGAUCUAUACUAUUAAAAAUAUCAGGUUUCUUUCCGUGCCAUGUUCAAGUAGCAUUUUUACUUCAACCCAAAGGUUUCUUUCAAAGAGCCUUUGCAGACUUCCGCUCAAAAUUUGUAAAAGAAGAACUUGAAUUCAAAGUUGUAUUAUGUGAUACUGUCAGUGAUAUAUUUGAGCAUAUAGAUAAAAGUCAGUUAACAAUAGAUCUAGGUGGUGAACUAGAAUAUGAUCCUAAUGAAUGGACAGAACAUAGAUCUGCAGUGGAGAAAUUUCACACAAAUAUUGAUGUUAUAGCUGAAAGUUUAGUAAAACUAGUAAAGAAACUUGAGGAAGUAGAAAUACCUAAUGAUAAAGAAGGUACUGAAGCUAUGAUUAAAGAUCAUUUAGCAGAGAGGAAAGAAAUAUUAGCAGACCUUAUAAGUGCCAGUACACAUGGUAAAACAUUACUGAACUGUAUAAAGGGAGGUGACUCUGAAGAGGAUACAGAUUUGGUAAAACAGGUUCAUGUGGAUGCAUUACAGACGUUACUAGAUCAGCUGAAUGAUGCCAAGAAAAAAUUCAGCGAAUUCUGGGAGACUCAUGAAGAAAAAUUACGACAGUGUCUAAAAUUACGACAGUUUGAAGAAGAAUUUAAAUUGGUACAAUAUAGUUUAGAAAGAAAGAUAGAGAUAUUGGAGAGUAAGAUGGAUAUAACAGGUGAAUCAUUACAGCAUGUAGAAUCAAUGAUUGAAGAAUUUAAAGACUUUGAAGAUACAUCAAAGAAAGACAUUGAAUCAGCAGAAAGAAUGAGGGCAACUAGUGACCAAAUGAUAUUAGACGAUACAUAUGCUGUAGAUUGUAUACGACCUAAAUGUAUAGAACUACAGAGAAUGUGUGAACAGUACAAAGAAUGUAUGCGCAAACGACAAGAAAUUCUCAACAAAUCACAUGAUUUGCAUGACCGUCUGGAUAAGGCGAACAAAUGGUGCACACGAGGGGUUGAUCUGUUGGCAAGUCAACCAUUAGAAAGUUGUCAAACGACCCAUGGAGCAGAACGCUCUUUGCGAGAUAUAGAAUCCUUCCUAGCAACAACACGUGAAUUAAAACUAAAUAAUCCACGAGAAUUUCGAGCCUUGUUUGAAGACAUGAUGACACCAGAAACUAGGAAUACGGUACAACAGGUUUUAAAACGAAUGGAUGAUGUUCAAGGUAUGUUUGCUAAGAGAAAAGAAAGUAUACAGAAAUUAACGCGACAUCCCAAUACACGUCCAGUACAACAUGUCUACCCAGAACCAGCCCACAGUGACCAUGGCAACUUUAACCAAGAAUUUAAACGAAAGAGUGACACAAGACGUAGUAAUACAUCUUUAGAUAAAUCUUUACAGAUUCGAAAUGAUCACUUAUCUACAUACCCAGCUUCAUCAGGUUAUGGUAGUAAAUCAAGUAGUAUAGCUAGUAGCGGCUAUGUAGAUAUGACAGAUUCUAAUACACAACGUAGUUCUCUGUCAUCCAUGUCAGGUUCUUCUUUACCUGAAAUAGACUCAUUACAGGCUAAACAAAGGUGUGUUAUGAAUGAAUUAAUUGAUACAGAACUUUCCUAUGUUAGAGAAUUAGAACAGAUAUUACAGGGUUACUAUUUUGAAAUGGAUAAACGACAUAUGCAACAUUUAGUUCCGCCCGAUUUAGUUGGUAGACGACAUGUACUUUUUGGUAAUUUAGAAGAAAUCUACAACUUUCACAGCAAUACAUUUCUUCAGGAACUACAGAAUUGUAGAGAUAUGCCAGCUAGAGUUGGAAAGUGCUUUGUAAAUAGAAAAUUAGAAUUUCAGAUUUAUAGUACAUACUGUCAAAAUAAACCCAAGUCAGAAGCUUUGAGAGCUAAAAUCGGUGAUUCAAAUUCUUGUUUUAAGGAGUGUCAGAGAAAGUUAGGUCAUAAAUUACCAUUAGGAGCUUAUCUGUUGAAACCUGUACAGAGAAUCACAAAAUACCAGUUAUUGUUAAAGGAAAUGUUACGGUUUACUGCCGAAAAUCCAGUGUUAGAGAGUCAAAUACAAGAAGCUUUAGAUACUAUGUUAAGUGUAUUACGCUAUCUUAAUGAUAGUAUGCAUCAGGUUUCUAUUGUUGAUUUUAAUGAAAGUAUGUCUGAUCAAGGGCGUUUGUUGAUGCAUGCUAGUUUUAAUGUUUGGACAGAUCAUAAGAAAGAGAAAUUAAAAGAUCUUAGGUUUAAAGCUAUGCGACGUCAUGUUUUCCUUUAUGAAAAAUCCAUUUUAUUCUGUAAAAAACGUGAAGAAUCUCAGCAUGAUGGAGCUGUUUAUAGUUUCAAGAAAAAAAUCAAGCUAUCACAAGUUGGUUUAACAGAAACAGUAAAAGGUGAUAAGAAGAAGUUUGAAUUAUGGUCACGAGGACGGGAAGAAGUCUAUAUCAUUCAGGCUCCUACGCUAGAAUCCAAAGAAAUAUGGAUAAAGGAAAUCAAGAAGGUUCUUCUUAAUCAAUUUGAUCAGCUCAAAGUUACGCCACAUAAUCAACAUCGGUUAUCUCAGGAAGAUGUUGGUCGAGGACCUAAAUAUGAUGCUCCUUCUUAUGGGUUUGAAAGUUGGCGACAUCAUAAUAAUAACUCUACUACCUGCACAGUACCACAAGGUUUAGGUAUGGUAUCACCUAUAGAAUCACCAACUGGUCCACCAUUAGAGUACCAGGAUGAUGAUGGUUGGUCUAGUGGUGAAUUCUCGGCUACAGACGAAGAAGAACCCGAGAGAUAUAUUCCUAAAAUAGAGCCUUCUUUCCGUCAGCAGUUCAUGUCUUUAGCUGAUUAUUUCCCUGUAGAUGUCUCUGAAAUAGGUUUAAAAGAUGGAGAUAUCGUAGAGAUACUGCGAGUUGGAACCAAUGGUUGGUGGUUUGCUCGUCACAUGACUGAAGGAACAGAAGGUUGGGUGCCGUCCACAUAUCUUGAACCAAUCAGACGUAGAAAUAUGUCACCUUCUGUCUCAUCAGGAAGUAAUGGCAAAAGAAAAUAAUAUACAAAGAUUCGUUUCAUACUAAAGAUCAAUAUGUUCGAGGCUAUCCAGUUAGUCCAGGUGAAGAAACCACAGUCUGAUUAAUUUUUUACAUUAAAGAAGAAACAUUACAGAUCACAGAAGUUUACAUGUAUUGUUAAUUUCAUAAAUCAAAUUAUAUCGCCAUAAAAUUAGUCACAACAACCAAAUUGAAACUAUGUACAUAUUGUGAUGUAGCCAGUGUAAUAGACAAUUUUAUAUUAUUGAUUAGAAAUGUUUAACUUGUUUAAAAAAAAAAAUUCGAAAGUAAUUCAAGUAUAGGCUAUGCAUCUGACUAUACAUAUUUUUCUGGUCCCCGAUCGAUACAUAUUUUGCUAGUCUCUGAUCGUCAUUUCAGAAAAUGUUUAAUCACUUGCGAACUACAGUAUUGUGAAAUUCCAACACAUAUAGUUCAAUGACAUAUAGUGUUUAUGAUGAAUUGAAAAUUUGUCAAUAUUCAGUAGAUGAUAUAAACAGUAUAAAAACAUGCCUGCACUACUUUUGUUUUUCUACAAUCUAUUGAUACACCUCUUUUGAAUCCUACAGAAUUCAUGGAAGGAGAUUAUCUACCAUUGAUAUUUUGAUUUUGUUUUCUUAAUGGAUGUUAAAUAUUUUAGCAUGGAUUAAAGUUACAAUUUCAUAUUUUUAAGUUAUAUUUUUAAAAUAGAUGGUAUCUAUAAACAGUCCUAUCUUGUUAAAGAAUAAUCCUAUUAAUCAUAUAAUUCACUAAAGCCAGUUGAGAAAUUGGCAAAAAUAUCAUUUUCAAAUUCAAAUAUUUGAAGAUAGCUAUUCCAUGGUGGGGAAUAGGAAAACAAGGGAGGUAAUUGUGUUAUUAUUUCCGGUGUGAAGCUUUUUAAGUGUGAGAAAGAUAACCUAUGAUCGUAUAAUAGUGAGUUGACAACCUAUUGAGGAAAAGACAUAGAAAUAAUUAUGUUUUGACUUUCUUAGAAAAUAUGAAAUUGUAACUUUAAGACACAAACAAUUAGAUAUUAUCCGAAAAAGACAAAUGACGAUCAGUGACUUAAAUACAUUUCUUAAUUAGCAGUUUGUUAUUAAUGUUUGAUCAACUUUUAUUGAUGUAUUAACAAAUCCAAACAAAUUUAAUUAUUUAUAAAUAAAUAUUCUCUUUGAGUCUUUUUAGAGUUUUAAAUUUGGUUCAAGAAUUAACCAAAUAUAAAAUAUUUGGCUUUAAGAAAUUGUUGGUUAGUGAUGAGAAAAACAGUUUGGGUUUAUAUACUAUUAUUAUAUGGAUAAAAAGUGCUAUUUGAUACUAUAAAAAGUGUGUUGACUUUUAUAAAUAUAUGAAUUAAAUAUAAUCCCGUUGAUUUUUUAAAAAAACAUGUUUUCGUUCUUCAUUAUGAAGUGUUCAUCUAUCCAUAUGCAGUGUUUUUUAAUAGUUGUGGUUUAAACCCUGUUUUGUAGCUUUUUUUUAGUGUUGUGCAAUUUUAGAUUGAAUUAUAUGGUCCAAAAAAUAUUUAUUUCAAACAUUGUACUGGUAAACUGUUUUUGAUUGAUAACUAGAACAGUAUUUUUUGUCUAUUUACAUUCUGUAUUUCUGUUAAUUAUACAAUUAUAUUUUAAUUUAUAUUAUUAAUUACAUUAUAUUGUAUUAUAAAUUACAUGAGUUGUACAUUAUAUUGUAUUAUAAUUAUAUAAGUUGUACUUUAUAUUGUAUUAAAUUAAUUUAUUUGUAAAUUUUUGACCACUAUAUUGAAAUAUAUUUAUGUAAUGCUUAAUAUGAUAGCUUUAUUGGUUUAUAACAGGUGUAUUACACAAGGAAUGGUAUGCUUACUAUCUGUAAAACAAAUGAUACCAAUUCUCAGUUAUUUUUUCAAAACUAGUACUUUUGUAUCACAGGUUAUUUGCUAUAAUAAAAAAAUGAUUUGAAAUCAGCAGAAAGCUAUCUUAAUAUUGUGAAAUUAUAUUUUAACAUAUUGAUAAUUGGAUUAUGGUGUGUAAUAAUUAUAUAUGCAAGUUCAGUAAAUGAUGCACAUUGGAAAUUUUGAAGAGUAUAAUAAAUUGUUUAAUAGUUGAACAAUAGUCAAGAAUUAGAUAUUGGAGCAUAGACUUUCACCACUAAGUUUUAUCUUUUAUCAUCUUCUUUUAAAGUUAGUUACAAUAAAAAGGGUUCAUACUGACUAAAAUAUUGUCAUUUUCUUCAACUACUUGUAAUGUAUUUGUUUACUCUGUAUGUGUAUGUGUGUGUAUGUAGAUAUUGUAAUUGUACAUAGUCAUAGCUUUAUCAUGUUAAUAGUAUUGUAUCUGUGAUCAGUUGUUGAAUUAUCUUUAUUCAAAUUUUAUAACAAUAUUUACAAUAUUAGAGUUUUUAAACACUUCACAUGCUUCUUAUAGAAAAGAAUAUUCUGUUUUUUUUAUAUUCUGAUUCAACAUCCAAUAAGUAAAAAUUAAAAAUUGCCAUGUGCAACUAAUUCAACAUUCAUUGUUGAAAUGUUUCGAGGUGUUGAUCAUGCCAAAGGGUACAUAAUAUUUUAGGUGAUAUUACAAUUUUGAUGCAAUUUUAUGAACAUUUAUCAAGGGGGAGAGAGAGAGAAAAAAAUGGGGUUUUAACGUCCACUCAACACAAACUAGGUCAUUUCGGGACUAACAUAUGGUUCAAUUUUAUUUCAAUUAUUAGCUUGUGUGUAGGGGUCUUUAGCAGUGGGAGGAAACCAGAGGACCCAGAGAAAACCAAUUAGGUUGGACAGGCGACCCUACUCCUUGUCACAUACAACCGGGGAAUCUAAAUCACGCCUGUUGACUCAAUGACAGACCUUAUGAUACAUCGCACAUGCGCUAACCAUUCUGCCCCCCCCCCAUAUAUCAAGACAUUGUAUACUUAAGGUGAACACUGAAUAAACACAAGCAUGGAAUUACUUUUAUAGGAUAAGAGCAAAUUUUGAAGGAUGCCACUUUGACAUUCAACUAUUUAAAAGUGCUAAUAAACAUUAAGGUAUUGAUUUAUUUUAAUGCCAAUAACUAAAGUCACCAAGUUUAAGAUUACUUGAUUAAUGUAUAUUUUAGAGUAAUUAUAUUUUAUUUACUGCGAUACUUUAACUUCAGAAUAUGUAAUACAUAUACCGCCCCUCUCUCUCCCCCCCCUCCUCACCCCCCCCCCCCCCCCCCCGCAAAAAACAAAACCCAAUGCUAAUUUUCAGUGUUAAGGAAUAAAGAAUGCUUGUUUUGGCUUUGUUAUAUUUUUUUUGAUUUUAUGAAAAAAAUAAGAAAAAAAAAAGAAAUUGUUUGCAUACUACAAUUAACAAUAAUUCAAAUCAAUCAAUUCUAACAUGAAUUAAGACCAUUUGUUUACAGUGAUUUGUGAAUAGCAAUUCUCUCUUUUUCAAACAGGCCAGUCCUUUGUUCACAAAGGUUAUAUUUUUUUUUAUUUUUGGUUGUGCUUAAUUUCAUAUAAAAAGUUUUUACAUAUUAAUGUGAAAAUGUCAAACCAAGAUCAUAUAUUAUUUUUGUUUAUUACCUUUAUGGUUGCUGACAUUGGACAUUUUAAUCUAAUUGAAAGUUUUGUCUUAUUGGUAAAGUUUUGUUACAUAUAAUUUUAAUUAUGAUGCACAUAAUUAAUUUCUACACAAUAUAUAUUCACCAUUUGUGCCACUACAUUCCCUUUGUUGUUAUAUUAUGUAUAAUAUUAUAUAACAUAAAUACAGAUUGUAUAUUUGGUUGGCUAUUGGGUUAUUUAUUUGCAGUUUUUUGUUUUCUUUGUCAAAUGAUCUAUACAUGUUGUUUUAUGGUAGCAUGUAUCCUGUAAAUAUUAUAUAUAGAUAUAUUAUAUACUAUGAGUAUACAACCCUUUGUGGUUCUAAUGAAAUUAUUGUUGAAUCUAUUACAAAGGAUAUUUGGGACCAUUGUUAUAAAUAAACCACUUGAGAAUGAAA